AUGUAUCUCUACGGACGAGAUUUUGAGCUUGAAACCGACCAUCGACCCCCAGGAUAUAUCUAUAAACCGAAACCUAACAACGCCAGCAAAUCGACCCCUGCACGAAUCGAAAGGUGGAAAUUACGACUCCAGGAAUAUGAUUUUAAAGUCGUCUACAGACCACGUGCUAAAAACCUAGACGAACCUUUAUCACGACUUCCCAAACAAUCCCCAGCUGAUACACGAAGCAACAUGGAGGCGUGCGCAGACAGAUAUGUGCACUACCUAUCCCAAUAUCUUGCACCGCGAGCCAUGUCAAUCGAGGAAAUCCAACAAGCUUCUAUCCAAGAUCCUGAACUUUCCCAAAUACGGAACUGUUUAGAAACUAAUCAGCCACACAAGCUUCCAAAACCCUGUUACAAACCAACAAAUCCUUCUUCGCGGAAACCGAAUCGCCCUGCCAACCAAGCUAAGAAAGCAAGCCAUAGCCUUAGCUCAUGA